AUGAGAUGGCGACGCGCCCCGCGCCGCUCCGGGAGGACCGGCCCCCGGGCCCCGCGCCCCGGCCCCGCCGCCCGCUCGCCGCCGCCGCCGCCGCUGCUGCUGCUGCUGCUGUGGACCGCGGCCCUGGCGCCGGGGGCGGCCGCCGGCGACGAGGCGGCUCCCGCGGGGGCCUCGGUGUGCUACGCGUCCCCGCCCAGCGUGGGCUCGGUGCAGGAGCUGGCUCAGCGCGCCGCGGUGGUGAUCGAGGGAAAGGUGCACGCGCCGCGGCGGCAGCAGGGGGCACUCGACAGGAAGGCGGCGGCGGCGGCGGCGGCGGGCGAGGCAGGGGCGUGGGGAGGCGAGCGCCAGCCGUCAGCCGCGGGCCCGGGAGCGCUGCCCGCCGCCAACGGGACCGUGUUCCCCUGGCCCGCGGGCCCCGCGCCCAGCGCCGCCGAGCCCGGAGACGAGGCGCCCUAUCUGGUGAAGGUGCACCAGGUGUGGGCGGUGAAAGCCGGGGGCUUGAAGAAGGACUCGCUGCUCACCGUGCGCCUGGGCGCCUGGGGCCACCCCGCGUUCCCCUCCUGCGGGCGGCUCAAGGAGGACAGCAGGUACAUCUUCUUCAUGGAGCCCGAUGCCAACAGCAGCGGCCGCGCGCCGGCCGCCUUCCGAGCAUCCUUCCCCCCUCUCGAGACGGGCCGGAACCUGAAGAAGGAAGUCAGCCGGGUGCUGUGCAAGCGGUGCGCCUUGCCUCCCCGAUUGAAAGAGAUGAAAAGUCGGGAGUCUGCAGCAGGUUCAAAACUAGUGCUUCGGUGCGAGACCAGUUCUGAAUACUCCUCUCUCAAAUUCAAAUGGUUCAAGAAUGGCAAUGAAUUAAACCGAAAGAACAAACCACAAAACAUCAAGAUACAAAAAAGGCCAGGGAAGUCAGAACUUCGCAUUAACAAAGCAUCACUGGCUGAUUCUGGAGAAUAUAUGUGCAAAGUGAUCAGCAAAUUAGGAAACGACAGUGCUUCUGCCAAUAUCACCAUUGUGGAUGCAAAUGAGAUCAUCACUGGCAUGCCAGCCUCAACUGAGACAGCGUAUGUGUCUUCAGAGUCUCCCAUUAGAAUAUCAGUAUCGACAGAAGGAGCAAAUACUUCUUCAUCCACAUCUACAUCUACCACUGGGACAAGCCAUCUUGUCAAGUGUGCAGAGAAGGAGAAAACUUUCUGUGUGAAUGGAGGCGAGUGCUUCAUGGUGAAAGACCUUUCAAACCCCUCAAGAUACUUGUGCAAGUGCCCAAAUGAGUUUACUGGUGAUCGCUGCCAAAACUACGUAAUGGCCAGCUUCUACAAAGCGGAGGAGCUCUACCAGAAGAGAGUGCUCACCGUCACCGGCAUCUGCAUCGCGCUGCUCGUGGUCGGCAUCAUGUGUGUGGUGGCCUACUGCAAAACCAAGAAGCAACGGAAAAAGCUUCAUGACCGGCUUCGGCAGAGUCUUCGCUCUGAACGAAACAACAUGGUGAACAUAGCCAACGGGCCCCAUCACCCCAAUCCACCCCCCGAGAACGUGCAGCUGGUGAAUCAAUACGUAUCUAAAAAUGUCAUCUCCAGCGAGCAUAUUGUCGAGAGAGAGGCGGAGACGUCUUUUUCCACCAGUCACUACACUUCCACAGUUCAUCACUCCACUACUGUCACCCAGACUCCCAGUCACAGCUGGAGCAACGGACACACUGAAAGCAUCAUUUCAGAAAGCCACUCUGUCAUCGUGAUGUCAUCCGUAGAAAACAGUAGGCACAGCAGCCCUACUGGGGGCCCAAGAGGACGUCUUAAUGGCUUGGGAGGCCCUCGCGAGUGUAACAGCUUCCUGAGGCAUGCCAGAGAAACCCCUGACUCCUACCGAGAUUCUCCUCAUAGUGAAAGGUAUGUAUCAGCAAUGACCACCCCGGCUCGUAUGUCACCUGUAGAUUUCCACACGCCAAGCUCCCCCAAAUCGCCCCCUUCGGAAAUGUCUCCACCCGUGUCCAGCACGACGGUGUCCAUGCCCUCCAUGACAGUCAGUCCCUUCGUGGAAGAAGAGAGACCCCUGCUUCUUGUGACACCACCAUGGCUGCGGGAGAAGGAUGACCACCGCGCUCAGCAAUUCAACUCCUUCCACUGCAACCCCGCGCACGAGAGCAACAGCCCACCCCCUAGCCCCUUGAGGAUAGUGGAGGACGAGGAGUACGAAACGACCCAGGAGUAUGAACUGGCUCAAGAGCCGGUUAAGAAACUCACCAACAGCCGGCGGGCCAAAAGAACCAAGCCCAAUGGUCAUAUUGCCCACAGGUUGGAAAUGGACAGCAACACAAGCGCUGAGAGCAGUAACUCAGAGAGUGAAACAGAGGAUGAAAAAGUAGGAGAAGAUACACCUUUCCUGGGUGUACAGAACCCCCUGGCAGCCAAUCUUGAGGCAGCCCCUGCCUUCCACCUGGCUGACAGCAGGACUAACCCAGCAGGCCGCUUCUCUCCGCAGGAAGAAAUGCAGGCCAGGCUGUCCGGUGUAAUCGCUAACCAAGACCCUAUUGCUGUAUAAAACCGAAAUAAACCCAUAGAUU